AUGUUUCUGCAUAUUCCGUCCCUAACUUUCGCGCUUGCUUUGCAGUCAGUGACACUGAACACGAAUCUUGGAGAUAUCAAGUGCGAGAUCUUCUGCGAUGAGGUGCCCAAAACAGCUGAGAAUUUCUUGGCACUAUGUGGUAGUGGUUACUACGACGGAACCAUAUUUCACAGAAACAUCAAAGGUUUUAUGAUUCAAGGUGGGGAUCCUACAGGUACAGGCAAAGGAGGAACUAGUAUCUGGGGGAAGAAGUUCAAUGACGAGAUAAGAGAGUCCCUCAAGCAUAACGCUAGGGGGAUGCUGGCAAUGGCUAAUAGCGGGCCUAAUACGAAUGGAAGCCAGUUCUUCAUCACCUAUGCAAAGCAGCCCCAUCUUAAUGGGUUGUAUACUAUAUUCGGCAAAGUAAUUCACGGAUUUGAAGUCCUUGAUAUAAUGGAAAAGACACAAACAGGGCAAGGGGACAAACCUCUAGCAGAGAUAAGGAUCAACCAUGUAACUAUACAUGCCAAUCCUCUGGCUGGAUAG